AUGAAGAAGACUUUUGACCCAAGAGGAGUUGCUCUAUUAUUGCUUGUGUUUUAUCUAAUCAUUCAUAAUGUUUCUGCUUCAAUCAAACCACAUCAAGGAAGUGUAUUUUCUGGUAGGAGUAGAAUGCUUAGAAAGGUGUCGUCAGCGCCGCCGCCGCCAAAGCUAGGUAAAAUUAAGAGUUAUGUGUUUCUUCGUCCGCCUCCGCCGCCACUAUCAACGCUACAAAUCAGCGGCAUAGAUUCAAGUUUGCGUACGGUACGUAGGGGUUCACCCCCGGCACCAAAGCCAAGUCGACCACGGAAUUUCUUUAUAUUUCCUUCACCACCACUUAGGACACCUCCACCACCUCCCCCACCGCCGCCACCACCACCAGCGCGGAUGCAUAAACGACCUUCAAAGUGCAACGUCCCUCCACCACCCCCACCGGAGAGUACUUAAAGAUCAUCAACAUUGUAAUCUCCUUGUAUUUUGAUUUUUCAAUGUAUUUGGACUUUUUUUAUAUUUAAUAUAGAAGAUGUGGUAAAUUACCGAACUA